AUGUUGCAGCCCGGUCUGACCGUUCCUCUGUCCAGGCCUGUCUUCGCCCUUCUCAUCAUCUCCAAAGCCGGUUCCCUCAUAUACCACCGUACCUUUCCCACCACUACGCCGGGCACCACCGCAGCGAACCCAGCACAACCCCAAGGCCAAACUGUUGGUACACUGGGUCUACCCGGCACGAGCACGUUGACCACGAAUGACUACCUUGUCCUGGCGGGAACAUUUCAUGGCGUCCACGCCAUUACCCGAUCUCUGACUCCGAAAAUCCCCACCACAUCUUCGGCGAGCUCAUCAGGGCGAAAUUGGACGUACCCCGACCCAUCAGUGGCGCCCACUGGUAUUGAAUCGCUCGAGUCGUCGUUCUUUCGGUUGACAGUAUUCCAAACUCUAAGCGGGACCAAGUUUCUACUGUUCACCGACCCAAGUAUGCCGAACACGGAUGUUCUUAUGAAAGGAGUCUACGAACGGUACGCCGAUUUUGUGUGCAAGAAUCCGUUCUGGCAAAUGGAAAUGCCCAUUCGCAUUGAUGCUUGGGAACGAAGUUUGACUCAGUGGUUGAUGCGGCGGUGA